CACAAUGAACUACCUUUCCCAAUAAACAUUGCGCACAAAACAUUAGGUAUCCAUGACAGCCUUAUUAUUGUUGUAGCACUAGUUCUAGUCUACUAAUGUUGGUAGUGCUACAUCGUCAAUGCACUGAAAGAGUAAUGGAGCUGGAUAUGUAAUGUUGGGCCCCCUUAAUGUUAGUAGCCAUUACGCCCUGUGUCUACUUAUUGGGUUUGAUAUUUGUCAAGUUAAUAUGUCUUUGAAGUGGUGGUUCAUGUAGAAUUUAGCUAUCGUCAGAUAGAAUGCUAUGUAGCCAGCCCGAGAUUCCGAACGACUGCAACCAGCUAUGCUUAUGCUACCUAGCUAACGUUAGCUGCUAAGCCCGUGGUGGUGGUGGUAUAUUUGUAGCUUGCAGAGUAAGGUUAGCACUUGCAGCUUGCCUCUGGAGAGACAUCCGUCUAUCUUACAAGCCAGUGUUGUGAGUGUUGUCAGCAAGCGUAUUAGAACAGAGAUCCUGGAAAAAUGACAGAUCUCCGGGAAAGGAGGCGGCUGGCUUGGGGAGAAGUAACGUUAACGCUGUGGAGGAAAGAAGACCUGCAGGAGGUGAUGGGCCUGUAAACACAUCAUCGGGGAGAAUGAUUUCGCGAUACACUCGAAGGCCCGUUUCGCAUAAUUUACAGAUCCGAGGCUUGUCCCGGAGCAGUUUGGACCAUCACCCCCCACCUGAGGAAGCAGAGGACGAUGACUACCUCCCUCAGCCUCUGUUACAUGACCUGCAUGAGGCUGUUUCCACCUACAACAGCUCAUCUGAGACAUCUGUGGUGUCAGAGAGGUCGGACUGUCAGACGGUCACCACGGGUGAUACAACCCGGUCCUGGUCUGGGAUUCACAGCUACACUGGAACUGGCAUCUCAACAGAACGCAGCUCUGUCUUCUCAUGGGGUUAUGAUGAGUUUGAUAAGGCAGCCUCACGACAGGUGCAGCAGAUGUUUGAGGAGAUCGAUGAGCAGCUUUAUGAGGGGAGGGGCGGUGCUCAGCUCAGGGGCCUGCAGGAUGAAUGCCAGCAGUGGGCCUGUAGAUUCCCUCACCUACGGAUCUUGGGGAAACAGCUAGUCUGCCCUACGGAUGAUGGUUUCCAGUGGUAUGCCACAUGCGGAAAGGGAGCUGACUUUGGCCAACCAGCAAGUAAAGACAUCAAGGAGAAGCCAAGCAUGGAGUUGUGUGUACAGGGUCGGAAGGCUGUUCUGAGUAGGUCCUAUGUUGAAUUGGAGCCCUUCUCAGAGAGCCCAUCUGGUGGCCAGGGGGAUGAGCCUCCCAGAGUGAUUGAAGCGGAGGGUCUGAUGGAGGAGUACCUUGCCUUUGACUGCAGAGACCUAGACGAGGAGUGGGAGCGUGAGUGCACGGGCACUAGACGCAGGUACUGCUUGCCUCCGGUCUCCCCCUACUGCUGUCGGCGAGAGGCGGUGCUGGACCUGCUGUUUGACGACGUGUGGCGUGAGCUGGUUGGCUGGAUGGAGGGGCUGGUGCGCAGGCAUUGGGAGGGCUGUGUGUCAGAUGAUGAGAAGACUGCUGGAGCACUGAGUCCUGCACAGCCAGACCCCCAGAAUCCCUUUCUGCUCUUGACCACCCUCCCCACGGUGCUCCCGCGUCUGGGCCAGAGUCGCGUCCCGCAGCUCACGGCCAGUCUGCAGCCCCAGAGCACAAAGUCAAGGGGUUCAAAGCACAAGUCAAGACGGAAAUCCAAAAAGCUGAGAAAGCCAUCCACUUCCAGUCGGGUUCCAGUAGGAGCUGCUGUUACCCAUAGCAACCUGAAUGACCUCAUCAUGAUCCAUGGCAUUCCGCUCCAGCAGAGGAAUGUGGGGGCUCUGGACCGCGUUGCACAAGAAUGUGAGGAGCGGGUGUACCACAGGCCAGGCUCGAGUGUGAUGCCGUCGGGCAAACCCCGCGCCCGUCGCCCCCUGGAGCAGAGCUCCUCCUCCCUGUCCCGUCCACCACAGUCGGCCAGGCGACGCAACCCUCCCCCUCGGACCCUCGUGCCACUGGCCCCCGGCCUGAUGCAGUCCAGCGCCGCCAGCUCUAUGGACGAGGUCAUCCGCGGGACACGGCUGCCCACAGCCAGUGAUCGGCUCACCUCACCCCCAAUGCCACUCAGCAGAAACACACUCCUACCCCCCAUAGGCACUGGAGAGGGGGAGCACACCCACCCAGGAGUACACACGCGGCAUGCACAGAGACAGAGGGGUUCUUCUAGUCGAGCCCACAGUGCCGUCACUGAUGAAGCUGGCAGCAUGCCCCCAAGAGACAGACUGCACUUACUUGACAUCUUUUCUCGGCCCAACACCACACACACUUUCAGGUCGGAUACUCCGUACCGGCGUUCCUUCACAGUUCUGGACAACAGUGGGCAGCAGUGCCGUCCAGGCAGGGCAUCAGUUGGCACAGAUUCUCUUGGCAUUGGCGUGACAGGCAUCAGUCUAGGCAUAAGCAGCUCCUCCUUCCUGGACUCGUUUACCCAUCAUCCCCUGAGCCACUCCCCCAUUGAGGAUGAAGAGGAGCCAGAUACCCACCCCCUGCCCCCAGCACUUCUGGUCCCAGUUUCUGUCCCAGCACGUUCUCAUGGCCGAGGUGGUGUAGCAGCUCGAAGCAGCAGACCAGGACUUUAACACACACACACCGCUCCCUUCCCCCACUAACACCACCCUCAGCAUUGAGGGAGCGAGCCCCAUAAGGGCUGCCUCACAGUGGACAAGACACUUUAUACAGCAGCAGGUUUUUUGUAUAACCCUACGUUUAGGGGAUUUUAUUUAUUCCACAUGGUUAUUGUUUAUGUUUUUUAGAGUCCUAUUUUUGUACGUCAGACUUUUCAGCUUAACAUGGCUGCCAAAGACAGUAAACUGUCUAACAACAACCUCACCUCUCUAUAUGAAUGGACUGGGUGUGUGAAAUCUCCCAAUAUAUGGCACUUUGUUUUUUUUUAAUGUUGGUAUGUAUGGACUCAUGCCUUUGUCUACCCAUCAUUGUUCUAUGCAGGCAUCUCUUGCCUCAUCCAUGUCAGUGGGGAUAUGAAAAACAGCCUCUUGACACCCUUACGUUAUAGCUGCACCACGAAGUGUUAAGCAUCUUUGUCCUUUUUGAAAGUCAUCCAGACCUUUCAGUGUACAACAGCUAGCACAAAAACAUCAUUGGAAUUGCACUUAUUGAAAGACCUUACAGUAAAAAAAAAAAAAAAAAAAAA